AUGGAUAUAAAGAGAUUCGCUCAUCACUGUUGUGCAAAUAUGAGAGAUGGUCAUGCUGCUGCUGCUGCCGCCGCCGCUGCGGCUGGCGCUACUGGAGAAGGUAAUGGAGGUGGUAGAGGUGGAAAUGGUAGUGAGGUCGAAACCGAUGAAGAUGCCGUCGUUGUACAGGCUAUUUUGAAUACAUCACGAAUGCAGAAUGACAUUCUUCGUCGUUUAGAUACUGUUGAGGCUGUACAGAAGAUGAUUUUGGAAGAGUUGCGACGCGGUCAAGCUCAGGCAAAUGAACGUUUUAUUGAUAUUCUGGAUAAGCGCCAAAGGGAAGAGAUCGACCGUCUGAUGAAUAUGGUUGCUAUGCUGAGAAUAUCAAACACAGGAGAUUCAUAUGGAAAUUCACAACGUCCGGAUCUUCCCAUGGGAACAUCCGUAUCAGCCCUUAGUUAUGCAAUGCCGCAAACAACCUUUACGCGAGCUACUUCGCCACGCUUAUUUUUUGGUGUAACUUCGUCAACGGAUACUAUCCAACAACCAGUCAUCUCUCAGCAGUUUGCUAAUCAUAUAUUAGAACAACAGCUGCAGUUUGCUGCACAACAACAGCGUGCUAUGGCUUCAAUGUAUGGAUCACCACAGGCAGCGCUAGUUUCUAAUACCCUCAGUCAGUACCAGACACCUAUUGCAUCAACGGGAUUUUGUACCAGCGUACCUUUUCCAAUCCAACAGACAGCACUUUUUCCAAAUACAGUGACAACUCAUUUGCAACAACAGCCUUUAUUACAUUCCUCAAUUACUUCAUCGACUGUGACAGCUGUAUCGAAUUCACCGAAUGGUUUGACAAGACUCCCUUCGGUUGCAGCUCCAACAGGCGCAUCUAAAGCGGUCCCAUCGCAACAGACACAGUCACAAGCAAUUUUUGGAAAUCAGGUGAAAACAGGCACACCGUUCAUGUUUGGAGCACCUGUCAAACAAGAAGUAUCAACUACAGUAGCAACCACUACAUUUACAACCGCUUCACUACUGGCUAAACCGCUUUCUGCAGAAACAACGACGACUUACAGUACGCCUCCGAACAUAUUUGGAAAUGUAUUUUCUUCUACACCGAAGAGCAUUCAGGAAAUGGAAAAGAUGACACCGAAAAGUGUUGGUAAUGAAACUUUAGGAAAGAAUGAAUCAACAGGUGAUGAUGACGAAGCACCAGAACGUUUCGAGCCAUCUGUUCAUUUUGAACCUGUCGUUCCGCUUCCGGAACUUGUUGAGCUAACAACGGGCGAAGAAAAUGAAAUUAUUAAAUUUGCUGGACGAUGCAGAUUAUUCCGAUUUGUUGACAAUGAAUACAAGGAACGAGGCAUCGGAAUGUUAAAGAUUUUAGAAAAUCCAACAACAAAAAUAUCUCGUAUAGUUAUGCGUCGUGAUCAAGUUCACAAGGUUUGUGCUAAUCAUACGAUUCAACCGACGAUGAAUUUGACACCAUUACAAAAAUCUGAUCGAGCAUUUGUUUGGCUUGCACAGGACUUCGCAGAAGAAGAAAAAAUGGAGAAAUUUGCUGCUCGUUUUAAGACGGCUGAAAUUGCAAAAAAUUUUGAAGUUGUAUUCAACGCUGCUCGAGAUGCGGUCUCAUCAACAGGAAGUAAAUAUUUUUUUGAUUUUCGAAAUACUGAUUUUAAAUCAAAAUUUAAAAUACUAGUGACAACAAUUAAUGUAGCAUCGGACGACAAGGAAAAAGGAAAGGAAUUGAAAGGACGUGAAGAAGGAAAAAAUGAUGGUACGAAAGGUUUUGGCGACAUUUUUAAACCACCAGCUGGAAGCAAGCCAACAUCAACAGUUGCACCGAUUAAAGGUAAUAGUGGAAUCACUUUUGGUUUUCGCGCUGACAGCUCAUCCGCAGAUGUAACCACUACAACUGCGGCAUUUAACAGUGGGCUACCUACAUUCAGUUUCAAGCCAGCUAUAACUACAGCUAGUGCAAAUGUUACUACAACGACUGCAAAACCGCUGUUCGGUAGUUUCACUCCUCGACCCAUGACAGCAACCACAACUACUCCAAGUUCCGUUUUUCAUUCGGCUACGACUACGACUGCUGCAACAACAAAUGCUUCGCCAGCGCCAAGUGUUCCUAAUUUCAGUUUUAAGUUUAGUCCAUCCAAUUCUGCUGCAUUUGGUGGACCGCCAUCUUUUGGAACAAAGUCAUCUUCUGCUACCACUUCAAGCUCGAUACAAACAGCAACAGCAAAUACUGCCGUAAGUGUGAAAUCAUCCCUGUUUGGUGGUUCUGCAUUUGCUGGUGGGUCUAUCUUUGGGAAGUCGUCUUCCAGUGGUGGAUUUGCUGCAUUAGCAGCAAAAGCAAAAUCUGAAACGCCUUUGAAACCUGCUGAAGGGAAUAAAGUUAUUACACCGUUUGCGGAUGGCAAAUUUGAUUCGUCUGUGAAUUCCGUUUUCUCCUUAAACACUAAGCAAAAAUCUACAUCCAAAGAAAAGAAUGAAGAGGGAGAUGAAUCAGAUGAUGCUGAAGAGUUUGAGCCGAACGCACAUUACGAACCUGUGGUUCCUUUACCAUCGCUUGUAGAAGUAAGAACUGGUGAGGAAGGUGAACAGGUAGUGUUCAAAGCUCGAUCGAAACUAUAUCGUUAUGUAGCUGAGACGAAGGAAUACAAAGAACGUGGCGUCGGUGAUAUCAAGAUUCUCUGCAAUCCUGAAACAAAGCGGUGCCGCAUUGUUAUGCGACGAGAUCAAGUGUUCAAAGUCUGCGCUAAUACACCCAUAACAGAUAACUCAAAUAUUAAGAAGAAACCGAACACCGACAAUGCGUGUAUGUGGAUGUGCAGGGAUUACGCGGAAGAGAAAGAGGGAACGAAUGAAUGCUUUGUCGCCAAAUUCAAGGAUGCCAGCUUAGCAGAUGAAUUUAUACUUGCAUUUCAAAAUGCUGUGGCACGUAAAUUUCCUCUUCCGGAACAGAAGAACGUCUCUGCAGCAGGCAAGCUUUUAUCAGUUUUGUUCAGAUGAGAGAGCACUUCACCAAAAAUUUCUGGUGCAUGCAAGAAACUGGAAGCAUCUUUGAAUACUCCGGAGAAACAAAAUAGAAAUGUUGGGAAAGACAAUGUCGGUGAUAAAUCUGAAAAAGACAGUGCUACUGCUGAAGACGUUUAUGAUGAUGGAGACAAUGAUGAUGAUUAUGAAGAACUUUCCACUCAUAAAGUGAAAGCUACAAUAAGUGAAGCGUAUGCAUCUCCAUUGAAAACUAGCAAACCGAUCGAAUUCACCGGAUUUAUUACACUGGGACUGCUUGGUAGUGGACAUAUGAGAAUUGAUUUGUACAAUGAUGACGAAGAAAUGCAGUGGUCACAUGUUAUCGAAUUGGAAGACACUCUUUCCCGGCAGGAUAAGAAACAAGUUAAGUAUGUUGCUGUGGGCGAGAAAUCACAGAAUAAACAAGUAGUGCUGGAAUUCAUGAAUGAAACAGAAUGUGAAAAGGCAUAUUUUGAUCUCGAAGAGGGGAUACAUCUUUUGAAGGAAUAUUCGGAUCAAGAAUAA